UUUUUUUUGGAAUCUGGACUCGAUCUGUCAGUGUGAUUUAGGGUAAACACGUUUUCCAGUGCGCCUGUUUAACUUUUAUUCUUCACAAAGUGGUGAUCUCUGCGCCUCUUCUACCUCGGACUUCUUUCCCUCUCUCACUCUUUCUUUUUUGCACAAACCGAAGAGACUUUCGUGUUUUCCCCCGUGUUAAGGGAAACUACUGAAACUUUCGACGUUUUAAAAAAAUAAAUAAGAAGAUCGGAUUGCAUUUUUCCCCCCUUCAAACAUUUUGGAGGUGAUGUCAUCGCGCUGUGUUUUGGCUGGUAUUAUGUCGGGAGGGCGCACGGAGAACUGCAGCAGCCAGGCGGUAACUAGCGGCUGAGGAUCGCGGGGAAGUCCGGAAAAUCAGGUGCAAAGUGCGGCUGUCAUUUCCUCGCAGGGUCGCGGGUGGCUGGGUUCGCCAGCCAGUCACAGCUGUUCUCAUCAUCCCCCCCCCCCCCCCCUCCCUCCCUCCCUUCCAUCCUCGCCUUUCUUACCCUUUUAUUUUCCCCUCCCAUUCUCAUUCAGCACUCUCCGUGUGCCCCUUUGAGCUGGACCGUUUCGGGACCUCACCAGACACUGUUAGUCCGUGUCACCCACAGGAGCCGGCGUGGGUGCGCAGUCAUGACACACGGUGCCUUGCGUUGCGCUGCGCCCGCAGAGCCCGCGUCUCCAGCUCGCAGUUUCCUCCAUCAGCCAGUGCAGCGAGCUCACCUCCAACAACGCCUGACCCUGCCCCGCGGGGACUAAAUCUGACUCCUGCUCCUGUCUGCGCGAGGACAGACCCGCAACCCUUUUCUUUUCCUCAUAAGAAUUAAUUUUGGAGACUUUACGCACUGGAUUACGCACAACAUUACGUAUCUGUCCACGCGGCCAGGUAUCCCGCUGGGGGUCAACAAGGUGGCCUGGAGUUGCUCGCCUCUUAAGCGUGGGCGCGCUUUCACCUGUUCCUCUCCUCUCGGGGACGCGCAGCACUUGAAAGCACUGACUUCUCCCCUUUGCGCCCCCGCCAACACCGCGCCUGCUGGACUCUCCACCACGUUCUGGACAGAUGUGCGAGGUUGCCCAGCGGUCAUAGUGGAGUUACGCCGGCCCCCGCACGCCCCGCUUUACCUGCGUCCGCAUUUUCAGUCACGCCAGGUGAAUCAGGGCACGCCGCCGCCGAUGCCAACGGGAGUGCCCGCUGACUCUUGGACUGUGCGCAACAUCCAGCGGAUUCCGACCACAGAGGGGGACUCUCUGGACUGUCGGACUGGCCCAGACCGAGCGAGGAGACAGUCUCUGCCAGCCCAAGUUUCAUAGUGGAGGGGGGAAGCAAUGUGGUCUCUUCUUUCCACGUUGACCGUCUUAUGUAUCCAGAUGUUACUGGUGAUGUGCAAUCCAUUACAGCAGGUGCUUGGUGUGGAUGGAGUCAACUUCAGUGUGCAUGUGGAGAACCAGACGCAGGUGCGAGACACCAUGAGUCGGCGACAUCACCGGGUGUACCAGCUGUACAGCCGCACCAGCGGCAAACACGUCCAAGUGCUGGGACGCAGAAUCAGCGCUUGCGGAGAGGACGGAGACAAAUAUGCCCAGCUCGUAGUGGAGGCCGAUACCUUCGGGAGCCAGGUGAGAAUCCGGGGCAAGGAGACCAAUUUUUACCUGUGCAUGAACCGUCGUGGAAAGCUAGUAGGAAAGAAGGCCAGCAAUCGAAGCGACGACUGUGUCUUUGUGGAAAAGGUUCUGGAGAACCACUACACAGCACUGAUGUCAGCACGUUACACUGGCUGGUACGUGGGAUUCACUAAACGAGGGCGUCCUCGCCGCGGCCCGCACACGCUCCCUAACCAACAGGACGUACACUUCAUGAAGCGCUUUCCACCCGGAGAGCAGCCGGACUUGACCACCCCCUUCCGCUUCACCACCGUCAGCAAGCGAAGUAAGAGGGUGCGCGCUACUGGGCCACGCUAGUAGUGGCUAAUGCUAGCACCCACUGACCUGUCGUGCAAAACAGUGACCUGAGCCGACCAAUGCCUAACCCGCUCAUUUCUUCCAUUGCACAUGACUGAACACUUCCCUUUGCUGCGACAAACAUUGACCAGAAACUGGAUGAAUCAUUCACGGGGUUUAGCUUUACACCAACUAAUUUGCCACUACAGCCCCAAGUUAGUGAUCGUUUUUCUCAGUUUCAUUUCUAUUACUGGACCAUCAUGGAGCACUAUGGUCUUGGUUCCCUUUGGAACCCUGAAACUUUUGACAGUGAACCUGAAGGGGAUCCAGAUGCAUCAGGAUCUAUGAAGGCAUUUAUUUUGCAACCACAAUAACAUAAGUUCUUCACAUCUCCUGCUUUGAACAUGUGAGACAAUGCCAAGUUUGGGAUUACAACUGGACCCCAAAUUGGGCAAGACUAACAGAACAAGGGAGUGGGCGCUAAAUUCUUGGAAAAAGGGAAAACAGGAGAAAAAACAAGAGGAUUGAAUGAUGUGCAUACAGAACAUUAACAGACUGUUGAAAUGUGACGCACUUAUCCAUCUCACUGGGAACCUGCAAGACUGUGGGAUGAAUAGACGAAUGACCAAAGGAUGAACGAGGGAACGCCAAAAUGAGUGACUUGCUGAGUACGUUUGUAAAAGAGCAGAUGAAAAGCGUGUAAAUGCGAGAGUGCACCAACAACUGUGAGUGAAGCUGGAUCGCGAAGGACUGUGGAAAAGGAUCAUGUAGUCCCUGCAUGGACCCAUAACAACACUCUGCAGGGACUGAAGCUUUCGGAACUGGAAUGUAUAAAACUAAACUGCACCAAAACAGCCAGCCAAUCACUCAAAGCCAAACCAAAGACAACUGCAAGCCAGCACGACUCCUCCCCGAGAACACAACACCCUCAGCUAUUAGGUCCAGAGGGUGAUGAGCACGUGGGGAUGAGGGUUUCUUCUCUAGUAGCACUGCUAUAGAAACGACCCAAGGGAUGAUGUUCCUGUGUGAUACCGUGGAUACAGAACGCUGCUACCCGGACAUUCAGUGGAACAAACCAAAGUCUCCAAAAUGUACACAGGACAAGAAAUAUUAAAGGGAACAAUUUAUUGAAAGUUAUAUUAUAUAUAUAUAUAUGUGUGUAUAUGAAAGAAGAAAGAAACCCUAAAUAAGCAAUCUUACUAUGAUGUUACUAUAAUUAUGAUAAAAUUAUUUCAUUUAUUUAUUUCAGCUCUGUGUGCAGCAGUCUUUCUCGACUCAGUAAACCUUACACAAACAUU